CUGUGCUGUGAGCAAGCAUUAUGAAGGGAGAGGGGUGGGGAGAGAUGAUUAGAGAAAAGGCAGAUGAAUUGGAAAGGAGGAGGCAGGGGAAUAAAAUUUCAUUCACCAGAAAGUAGAGAUUGAGGUUAAUCAGAUAUUUUAAAACCAUUUCAAAUUCAAAUAUUAACAAAGUAAGGUCAGAAUGUUUUAUUUUGAUUAUUCUAUAAGCAGAAUAAGUUUUUUAGCUUUGAAAUCAUCUUUCAGCUUUGAAUUUUAUUUUUCUGAAAUGACAUUUUAAAAUGUACAAACACAUUUAACAAAACCAGCUGAAUAUCGACUGGAAUACGAAGGAAUAGAUCCUGAUCCCUUCCUCAAUUCCCAGCCCCACUGCUCUCCAGUGAAUGACUUGCUGAUUCAAUACGUAAAUGCUCAUUUGAACUAAUGGCAUGGGAGAGGUUUCCAUUAUUGGAUUACUUUGGUUUACAUUAUUAAUGUGGCAACGUUAUGUCCAGAUAAAACAGCAAUUAGCUAUUUCCAAUCACGUAAUAGUUAAUCAUUUCCUAAAAGGUGGGAAGUAGCAUGCUGGGACUCCUCUAAUAACUGCUGGAGAGAGCAACAGCAGAACACAGAGCAUUUUUAAUCUUUUGUAUCCAGCAUUUAUGUACUUACAAUAAAAACAAAGUACCAUUUACAAAUCCGAUGUCAUCUACUGAAACUUGUAAAAUUUUGGAACUAAGUAAGGUGGGUGGUUUUUUUUUCAAAGGAAUUGAGAGUUAUUCUUGUUAUGACUGCUUCCUGUUCCUGUGCUGAAUUAAGCUGGGACAGCAGCAGUGUGGUUGGUAGGGCUCAUUUCCCCACUUCCCCCCCUCCAAUUUAAUUUACAAGCUGCUGGACAUCGUCCAACAGGAAAUCCAGUCUUAUUGAGAAAACCAUUGAGAAAACCUACAGGAGAAGAUACUGGCUUUAAAUGAUAAUGUGGUUUCAAAUGAGAUCUAGAAAUGUUUCCAGGAACCCAGACAAGAGUUGGUCCCUCCUCAUGCCAGGCUUUGCUGAAGCUGAACCCUUUGGCACACCUUUCCACAGCAGCCCACGGACAGGACACCGUGUGGGUGGUUGGGGAACCAACCUGCAGAAGAUCUUGCAGAACCAGGUGAACCUGGUCACCCCAACAUUUCCCGAGUCCACCUCCUUAGGUGCUGAUUUGGGGGAUUUUCCACAGCUUGAGGUAGAAGCAUGAGGUGCUGCCAGCCUGGUCCCAUGCUGCAAGACCCCUGUGAGCACUCCCACAUCAAACCCUGGAGCAGUCUGAAACUGCAACAGAGGUGCUGUGUGUCUGCAGACAGGCACAGAGAAAGGGUGAAAUGUCCCUUCUUUGUCUGUUUCCUCUGAAGAGAAAAAGUAAACAAGAAUUGAAAUUCCUGGGAGGAAACUAAGAAACCCCACCUGGAGGACCAUGGGGUUUUUUUUAUACAGGAUAAAUCGUUUGACAUAUGCAGGGAAACCACACUUGGGUGCCUCUGCUGACUGUGCAGGAAUAUGAUCUUGCAGGGCUAUAUAUAUGAUGUCUGCUCCAAGACCUAUCAGAUACUGGAAAUACAGACAGAUAUAGUACUGUGGCUGCACUGACAGUGAGAAAUCUGAGGUUCAACAGUUCCAUGGAUGACAUUGCAAUUGAAAGGGAUAAAAACAAUAAAAAAAAAGAUGCUCAGGAGGUAUCGGUUUACAGUGAGCUCAAGUCUCCAGUUUGUGGAGAGUUGUUUGCUUUUAGAGAGGAUGGUAUGCUGCUCCCAGCAAAGCUGUGUAAACAUUUUCUACCAAGCCAGAAUGUUUGUCCUAGAGCUAUCUCAUGCAUACUGAAGUUCUUAGCUUCAGUUCAGAAGCGUAUUUUACUAGAGAAUUCACAUAAGCAAAAAUGAAGCUCUAGGACCUGAUCCUAUAAAUCUCAUCAGUCAAAGGGAAGCAUAAAAGCAUAAAAGUUAUGCUACUGUGGAGAUGAAAGCCAGAUACUACACAGCAGGUCAAAAGCCAGACAAGACAGGCCAGAUGCAGAAGAAAGUAAGUUCAGCUUCAUAAUCACAUUUGUGGCAUUAUGUUUUGAAUUUUUUUUUUUAAUACUAUGUCUAUAAAAUGCACUCAGAGUGCACCCUUUCCAGAAACUCAAACAGAGAUUUAUAUGUUUCAGCCACUACUGAUCUAGUGUGACUGGAUCAUUGUGAAAUAAAAAUGUUCGGGGUAAUCCAACUGAAUGCAAUUUGUGUAACAAAAAAAAAUUAAAGUAAUGUUUACAUCUGAAAAAGUUUGCAUAGUCAAGACUACUUGACCUGUUGUUAAGUUUUAUGCUUCAGUGCUUUGUUGGGAAACACUGUCAGCUUCUUAGACUGCAAGGCUCGAGGUCAGACUGGAAAGCUCCUAACCCUUCUCUGAUUUCCAUGGGGAAGAGCAGAGCUGAGGAUCAGACUUCAAGGUACAGGAAUGCAAACACUUGGGACUGUGCACAGCUCAGAGGGCUGACUGAGCCUGCCUCACAGGGCUCUGUGCUUGGCAAACACUGGUUUGUGUGGCUCCAUGCAGUGCUGAAUACUGCAACCCUGCCAGCAGUGUGAUAACCAACCUGGGGAGAGCAUUCACUUUCUGCACUGAGGUUUGGGGUUCACUUUGCAAGGCAUCACCAGCUUUUGGCUUUCAAAGAAUGAUGUUCAGCAGAAGCUACUCCUUGAUGAAAGGAGAAGGUCCCGAAUAUCCCCGGCCACUAGAAAGCUGGGAGGAAUCGGCUUCAGAUGUAUCUGCCAGAAACGUCUGCUGUGCCUGGCUGGGUGUGCUCGUGCCUGGCAGACGCGCAUGCGUAUGUCGCAAUAACCAGAAGGAAAUGUUACUCAGCUCCGUUUUCCUGAGGGUCCGUGGCACAGAGGUAUCCAUGCUGUCCCACGGAGAGAGGCUUCGACAGAGACAGCAAGGUGCUGUGUCUCUAGGGUAGAGUGCAGAGCAGAGACUUUGCUGGGAGGCAAGGUGUGUGUGUAUGUUGGAAAAACUUUGAGGCCGUUUUGCUCUCGACCUGGUCAUCUGGCUGCUCUCCUCAGCUUCCCUGCGCGCUGCCCCUGCGUCCAGCCCGCAUCUGCUCAGAAUUCAUCGGAGAGUUUGUGCUCGUCGGGGAAAGGGAGGAGUCCCGACCGCAGCCAGCCGCAGACAAAGGCAGAGCAAGCAGCCAAGCACUGAUCAGCUCUUCUGCACCUGUGUUGUCUCUGGAUUCAUCUGUCUCUUCCUGAAAUGGAGUACUCCUGGUAUUGGCUUGAUGAUUCUGAGCAGUGGAUUGAGUAUGGGAAAGAGCAUCCAGAUCACUGCUCUGCCAGUGUAACAUCUGCAUUUCUGGAAAAUGAAUAUCUAGCUGACAAGAACGCUGUUAUUUUUUUCUCGGCUGGUUCUCAGCACUAUAAGAUAAACUUUGCAGACAUGGUCCAAACAAAUUUGCUCUUUAAAACACAAAGAAAUGUUAUUCGACUGCCAAAACAUCUGUUACCUGAAGGUGGACAAGACAGAAGCCAAAACAUGACCCUGUCUUCUGUCUAUCCUCCACAAUGGGACCAGUCUGCACUACCUGACAUUGGGUUCAAGUUGAUACAGCUCAGCUUUGAUUCCCACGAAUAUGGAAAAAUCAAAAGGCUGUUUGAAAAGACGAUGAAAGAUUAUUGCAUCAACCAACUUCAGAGGAUCCAGAACCCAACACUUUGGGAACUUUUUCAGUGGCAAAAAGAGAAGAUGAAGAAGGUCAGUAAAUCAAAAAGGGUGGAUGAGCGGCUCCUGUUCCAUGGGACAAAUCCAUCCCACGUGUCUGCCAUCUGUGAGCAGAACUUUGACUGGAGGCUCUGUGGGACUCAUGGGACAAUGUAUGGAAAAGGAAGCUACUUUGCCCGAGAUGCCAGCUAUUCUCACCAAUACUGUUCCGCUCGCAGUGGUCGCUACACCAUGUUUGUAGCUCAAGUUCUCGUUGGAGACUUUGUUCAGGGAAACUCUGAAUACUGUCGCCCUCCAGCCCGAGCCAGCAAUUCAAACAGACUUUAUGACAGCUGUGUGGAUGACCCGAUAGACCCUUCCAUCUUUGUCAUCUUUGAGAAGCAACAAAUUUACCCUGCCUAUAUCUUGGAGUACAGCGUUGAGACCCAGUGCGUGGUCCUGUAAUGAAUGGUGGAAUCCCCUUUGAAUUCACACUAAAUAAAUUACUCUUUAUUAAUUCUUUUUU